AAAGCAGUCUUCAAAACAAUUGUUGUCUCCAGUUUACGUGCGGAAGCAUGUUUUGAAUCAGUCAAUUGUUUUGUUAUAGUAAACACUGCAACGAAAAUGCGUGGCUUUUCGUUUAGAGUCAGCCCACGAGAAAUGUAAAUAACCUACCAUGGCAUCGGAAACGGCCCAGGUCAGUUCACUGCCAUUACCACCGGUCCAGUACAUCAGCCAAUACACAGAUGAAAACAUUCGAAGAGGACGUGCCCCAAGACCACCACCACCAAUACAUGACAAUUAUUCCAUGUUUGGUAACCCAUUCACUGCAGAAGACGUCAUUAUCCGGCCAUUGGAAAGUCAGGGUAUUAAACGCCUGUACCCGCAGCACUUUGAUCGCCGACGAGAACUGAGAAAGUUGAACCAUUCACUUCUUGUCAAUUUUCUGGACCUUCUUGAUUUGCUCGUCCAGUGUCCAGAGUCACCUCGCAGAGCGGAGAAGGUUGAAGAUUUAAGUCUACUCUUUAUUCACAUUCAUCACUUGCUAAAUGAAUUCAGACCUCAUCAGGCACGAGAGACGCUUAGAGUAAUGAUGGAACUGCAGCGUCGGCAACGGAUUGAAACAGCUCAACGGUUUCAAAAACAUCUGGAGAAGGUGAUGGAGAUACUACAGCAGGCGUUACAAAUGCUUCCUGAUAACAGUGAAACAGACUCAAAGUUGCUGGUGCCCACUGAGCUGUUUGAGAAUAUGGACACUUCAAACAAGGAAGAUUCUGACAAAGAAUCUUGCAAUCCUCUUGACAGACUCAUGUGUGAGAUAGUAGAUUCUAUGUGAAGUCUUUGAAGUCAUUUCAGUGCUCAGGUCAAUGGAUGUACAGACUAAGUUAUAUUGUUCAGUUUAUGAUAAGAUAAAAUACUCUUGUGGAACAGGAUGGAUGCAAUGCAAGUAAAUGUAACAUAUCAAUAUAAAACUUUUAUUCACAAUUGUGUACAUAAAUCAUUUGAGUUACAGUUAGGUUGUAUGAACAUCGUUUUUCUAUGAAAAAAAAUUGUGUGUUAGGUAUGGGUUGACUCACCUUAUAAACAAUAUGGCAGUCCUCAGAAAUGCUAAGAAAGAAAAUCAUAAUUUAACAUAUACGGGGAUGCUAUAGGGACAACAGUGUUUUGCUAUAUCAAUAAAGAAAGAUAUUAAUUUCAUUUCAUUUCACUGGUAAUGUACAAUAUUUUUAUGUGCUAUGCAAGCACACUUAUUUCCACUGAAGCUGCUCCCACAUCUAGCUUUUUGUAUCUCUGCAGUAUCCAUAGUAGUUUUGGCAAAUCUGGAAAGGAAAACUACACAAAUUUAAAUAAUACAGUAGAUGUGUGUAACAAUCCAGGUACAUUGGGUAGGAACAGAACAUGUAAACAGCUGAAAGAAAGACAAGUAGUUAUGUUCUGGACCAGCUGCAUGAAAAAGAUGUGAAUUAAUUAUAACUUAAAGAGAAAUAUGCAACACACAAUACUCCAACAAAUGUUAACAGUGAGUAACAUUAUUAAUAUAUCCCUAAAUGUAAUUCCUUUCAGUCCCCUCUUACUCAAUCCCAUAUUUUAGAUACACGUUUAAUACAUGAGCAUACAGAAUAAAAUUUUUGAACUCCAAAACUCUCUCAUGUUAAAUGCUUUAGUAUCCCAACUCUGUUUUUGGUAUGCCUGAAAAAUAUUCCAAGGACCUCUGUGGAGAUUAUUUUGUAACCUUUUGCACCUCAUGUUAAUAGAGAAAUAAAUAAAAGCUCACAAUUAAAACAUGGAGUAUUGUGCAUUGCAGGCUAUCCUAACAAAUAUAAUAAAAUUAUUAGAAUUGACUGCAUGAAAACCACAUUAUUAAACAAGAUUUUUUUUGUCAGGAUACAGAAAUUCUUCAUAUGCAAUAUCCAACAUCAUUAUCAUACCCUAGUGUAGCCACUGCAACAAAUACUAACUUCAAAGAGGGGAAAAGAUGCAAUUUACUUUUUAUAAUAAAAAAUGGAGUAGAAAUUUAAUUUAGGAAGAAUGAUUAUUACGGAAAGAAACAAUACCGCACUUUUUCUUGCUUGCAUAACUACUUUACAGGAAAAACGCGUUGAUAUAAAACACGGAUAACUGAAGUCUCCCCACGAUUUUACAUUUCUGCAGUCAGGAGUGUCACAUUAGACAGGAAUUUAGUCAAACAGUGUGACAAGAGUAAUUUGGAUUUGACUCUUCAAGCUUUCGUGGGAGAUAUGUUCUAUAUAUGGCUCCUGGGUGUACUACAGGAUCACAUUUUAUGCAUCAGACUACACUUCCUCGGCGCAACUGAUCGACGUGUUCAGGUAAUCACUGCUGGUUACAGCUGAUAAGUGUUGCUAUUUGCCAGCAACAGACACCACCUGACUAUGUCAAGCAGUUGCCUUGAGAAAAUACUGACAGAUACACAAAACAUGUUCCAGUGGCAGACCCGAGAAUCAUAGGUUGAAUAAUUAUACUCUGGAUUUUGCACACUUGAAAUCCCUCAAGUGCAGAACAUAAUUUCAAUGCAAAUUACAAAAAUGUUUCUUCACAGAUCAUAAGUUUCUAGCUACAGUAGAACAUGGAAACCCAUACACUCAUGUCUACAAGAAGGAAAAGAGCAUCAACUGCAUUUGGGCAUAGCACAUCUGGGUCCUUCAGUAGCCUAAAGAACGAUCACUGACUGCUUUAGAACAAUGUGUAAGUUUUGGGGUGGGUAAUCACUUUAGUGCCUCAACUGAGAAACCCUGCACAGAAUUAUUUCUAGCUCAGAGACCACAUCCUUCAGUCAUAUGCAGUAUGAUAGAUAGGAAGACUUGAUUCUGGAGUCAUGACCUUUGGAAUAAAUAGCUCUUGCUAUUAUUACUAUUCAGUAAUGCUCCUACACAAGUACAAGACGACACAUGAACAAAACAAAACAAGCCACCCACACCCGGUGGAAGACACUACAACAAUACACUAUGCCAACAGCUCGUUUUGAUUGCUGCAUUUCAUUCGCACAUAUUUAUGUUUAUUUCUUUUCCUACUAUUUACUAAAUACAUUUUUACAUUUGAACUUUGUCUGUUCUUGGUGCAAUUGCUCAUAUGUGCAACAUUCAUUUUAGUACACUUCCCCAUCUUUCUUUGCAAAGGUUGAAAAUUAGAAACUGAGAAUGGA